AUGAGCAUGGGUUUAAUUUAUCUACAUCAGAUAGGAAGAUAUUGUAUGACAAGUAUUCAAUUAUUAUCUGUAGCAUUCGCCGAUUGAAAGUCAUUAUUAUAAUCUCGUAAAUUUGGGACUCCCAUUACUUGAAUGUCAAUAAUCAGAUCUUAGGAAAGUAAAUUCAAAAUAGUGUUAAAUCCGGAUUUUUUUCUGAAAAUUUAUAAUAAAGUGGUAAACUUGAGUAAUUUUACAUGAACAAAAAGGGAAUCUCGUUGUGAGCCGACGCCGUCUCGUGAAUUUGGGAAUCCACUUAAUAGACUGUUCAUUAUGUGAUCGCUGAGAAGUGAACUAUUCAGAAAUAAUGUUUAUUCUAUUUUAAUACUUUGUGUAAUAAUUAUUUAUGAUAAUUGUUUCGCUAUGGUUAAAGUGUCUAUUUCAUCAAAGCUCCCGAAAGGGCAUGUGCUCAUAAAAAGAGACAUACUAAAUCGGAAAAUAGAAAUGCGAUUCUUAAAAGAUCCCAACGGAAAGAAAAGCAAAAAGGAUGUAACAAUUUUAGAAGUAUUUAUCUUCGAGAUUCACAUUGUGAACGCCGCGAAUUUCAGUGCCUUUAUUCGGCAUGUUCUGUCCAGUGUUGAAGAAUAUACGGUGUACUUUCGGUAUAAGGACGGUCAAUAUCGCUGUUUCGUGUUGCUUGAUUCACAAAAAGAGCUCGAAAUUACGGAGGAGAAUCAAAAUGUACAGAUAUGUUCCUAUCUCCCCGAGGUACCUUUUACGGACUUUGUGGUAAGGACUUCGAGGACUGCGGGGUCUUUCGUGGUACUAUAUAAGAGACCAUACUGUCAGCAGAUGUUUGAAAAGCUUCAAUGGUACGUACACGAUGACCUUUGCCCAUAUAAAGUUGAUCUGUCGAAGAAACAGUUGACGGAAAUGCCCUUUGAAUAUGACACUCCCGACAACAUGUGUCAUUAUGGUGACUAUAUGUUAGGUGAAAAUAAGAGCUCUGACACAACAACCGUGAAAAACAAGAACCUUGAUCUUGUCGUUCCGUUCAAAGAAAUUCAAAUUUAUGCACUUCCCUAUGUAAAAAGUUAUUUCAAGCAGUUAGCAUUACCAACAAAUUCAUACAAAAACAUAAUCUACAAUGACGGUGAAUUGCUACCGAAUCCGCCGCAAUGGCGGCCAGGGAUAAAACAUGGAGGACUGGAAAAUACUCAUGAGCAGAACAACAUUUCAACCUUAGAGAGCGGAAGGACAAAUGACAUAUCACGAAGCAAAAAAAGACGGCCUCGCUAUCCAGGGAAAUGUGCCAUGGAAAGCAGACUAGACACGUUUACCGCCUGGUCGCAUUCAGCACCUACCCCACAAACGCUUGCAGCAGCUGGCUUCUUUUUCACGGGUGAAUAUUAUUAAAGGGUUUCAUAAAACUCCUUUUUAACAUACGGACUUUGUUCGGUGCCACCAGUGCGGUAUCGAACUCAAAAAACUUCAGCCCGGUUGGCGAUCCAUUAUCAGAGAAUAUUAAACACGCUGGCAGCUGUGACUUCCUCAUUGACAUAUAUGGGAUUACUGGAUUGGAACAGAAAAGGGUGUUGAAGAUCAUGUGCGGUGUUUCGCCUGUGACGGAGGACUGCGGCAGUGGGAUGCGGGAGACAACCCUUGGGUGGAGCACUGCCGCUGGUUUCCGGCCUAUCACUUCGCAAGGACAUCUAAGGGGGA